UGAUAACUCUACUUGGAGGCGUUGUACAGCGUACUAUGCGUAGAAGGUCCAUCCUCAGGGGCUUUUUGGGAUAGCAAUUUUGUGGGAUGGCCUUCAAUACUUUUCUUUUUUGCUAAACUUUGGCUUGAGCCACCGAGACCACGAACUAUGGCGAGUGAGCAACGGAAUCUACCUCUACCAAGUACGCCCCGCAGGUCUGGAAGAAAGCGUGCGUUUGAAGAGACCCAACGCAACAAUCAUGCUGUGACUACUACUACGCCCCGUUCAGCAAAACGGAAGCAAGUUCGACAAGAAAUCGUAAGUGGCAUUGCGCCUGUUAUCGAUUUAACGGGGCAAGUCAGCUCCCCUGAAAUUCAAACUGCUCCGCGAAAGCGGAAGAAGAUAGCCGCGAAUUCUCCGUUAGUUGAGAAGGAGGAACGCAGACGACGUAUAUUCCGGACGCAUCCACCUCAGACCUACUUGCAGAAGCUAGAGAGAGCAAGGACGCAGAGGCUUUUUGUCGUUGGUCGCAAGAGGGAAGGCACAGAAGAGGUGCCGACGGAGAGGGUGCAGAUUGUGGGGACGACUGGGAAUCUGUAUGAAGUUGUGAUCGGGCUUGAGCCUUGGUGUACCUGUCCUGAUUCGCAGCAAGGAAAUCAAUGCAAGCAUAUCAUUUAUGUCCUACACAAUGUGCUUAAGGUAUCUGGACAUCUCGAGUACCAGUUGGCAUUCCUAUCAUCGGAGCUUCGUGAGAUUUUCGCGAAAGCUCCGAUAAACCCUCAAGAAAAUGCUUCAACGGAAAACGAGUCCGGGAAACGAAGAGCCGUCGAAGGUGACUGCCCAAUUUGCUUUAUGGAAUUUGAUCCCAAGUCACAGGAAAUCGUCUGGUGUAAAGCAGCUUGCGGAAACAAUAUCCAUAAAACCUGUUUCGGGCGGUGGGCGGCAACCCAGCAGAGCAACGGAGUCCGCUGCGUCAUUUGUCGUUCCGCGUGGGAAGCCGAUGUCGGGGCUCCCUUGCAAGGCCUUUUGGCCGAAGGUAGAGUCAACGACGAAGGAUAUAUAAACCUUGCUGACCACUUUGGAUUGUCGGGUGAACGAGACUAUUCAACAUAUCACCAGCCAUGGUCGCGACGGUAUUCUCGGUACUCCUAUUAUUACUAAAAGCGACAAAGCCCUACAGGAUGGAUAUAUUCUACUAAACACCUAGGGAUUAAAACAAUUCGCCCGUUGGUAAGAAAUGCCGUCGAGCAAAUACCGCAGAUGCCUUGUCUCGGGUAUAUCUUUGAACUGUUUUCGAUUUACUCUACCUUUGACUAGCGUUUACGCGCAUCAACAUUCAAUGCCCGUGCCAAAUAAGACAUAUGUCCGGCGAUGUACAGGUACUAUACAUGAUAUUUCCUAUUGUACAGGAUAUCUUACAUCCCCCUUACAUUGAUGGCAGGCUUGGUUCAAAACGAAAGGAUUUCUCGAGAACAGGGUAGAGGAAUGAAAAUGUCAAGGGAGUCACCAACCAAAGCUCACCAGCAGACCCGGGAAGCGUUCCAUGUCCAUUUUCAGUUCAGAUGGGAGCCGCGAGCGGUUGUUUCCAACCUUGAAAGUCCUCAAUAAUAACUUCUUUGGAUUCUGCUAACCCAUCGACCCAUUGAACGAUAAUACCCUACGAAUUGAUUUUGCCCUAAAUAUUUGCCCCCUUUAGCAUAAGGAAAUGUAAGGUAGUGGGAACGCGAACUCCCCAGAGUGCGCAGGGGAAUGCUCCGAAAUAUAACAGAUAUACGGGCAGCCAGACAGAUGAACGCUCGCUGAGAUAUGUACUGUUCAUUGAAUGAAACCAGCAUUUCAAAUACGAUCACGAGAUUCCACAGGCCUCGCCUUGAAAUUAUCUACCAUUUAGAAGUCCGUACCCAUAUACAGAUACAGAGCUUGGAGUAAGGAGCAGAACACACUCAAAUCCGAAAGUCAAUCAGGGUGGGCGAACGAAAGGCAUCGGUUUCAAUCUCCCUGAUGAAUCCUUCCCACGUAGAUUCUCGUCUCCAAGGGUCGACGAUAAAUAUAUAAACCAGCCCUCAAAUCGCCAGAACACGAGAAACCCACCCCACACGCCCCAAACACCGAGAAACAAAACAGUAAUGAGAACGAACAGAAUACGAGAAAAAAAGUUGAAACAUAGAAAAGAAAAACAACGCCAGUUGUAAUUACACAAGCAUAACCACCACACAAACCCCCUUCCUUCUCCUCUCCAGGACUUCCUCGCCCUCUCACACCCCAAACCCUCUCCGCCGCCUCCCCCCUUUCACAAUAGCCACACUCACCCCUUCCUCACCCGUCAUCCAGCUCGGCAUUCGCGCGGGAUCAAUCACGCCCAGCUCCGCCAACUCUCGGAGGCCCGCAAUGACAUUUGAGCCGGAGAAGGUUAGAGUGAGUGUUGAUGGUCUGGUUUGGUAGUUAUCAUCUUCAUUGUCAACGGCAACGUUAUCGUCGUCGUCGUCGUUAUCGCCGUGGUCAUCCUCACCUCCGUCGCCCCUAUGGCGAGGGAUAGGAGGGUCUUGGAGAUGGAUUUCUAGGCGGUCGAGGGCGGGGACGGACUGAUGAUGUGGUGGUGGUGGUGGCGGCGCGUUAUCAUACUUUGGCUGUUUGGUGAAUAAACUCGCGGAAGAGGUGGAGACUCCCGGGGGAAUCCUUUGGCCACCAGCAGUUCCAAACCGAGAACCCACUGCCAAUUUUCUUUUCUUGGCUAGCUGCAGGGUUUCCACGUUCGUUAUUACUCCUCCUGAUUGCUGGAAUGGCAUCUUUGUCUUUCCCAUGGUAGUAGGAAGGGUGCUGGCAGCCGAUUUGCCGUGCUGCUGUGGCAGUGGUUCAUUCUCCUUCCCGCCUUCAGUGUAUCCAAAUUUAUGUUCAGUAUGAGUGUUGUAGUUUUCUGGCGCAACAGAUUGCGGUAGGCGUGGAUCAAGGGGACAGCCCUCAACCACCGCGUCGGCAAACACCGUGAAUGCGCCAUUGGCGGAAUUUGUUCUGCCGGGUCCGCGCAAGGCAAGGAGAGUUUGGAGGCUCUUAGCGGUUAGGGAGGUGGGUUUUAGGGUAUAUCGUUCUUGGGGUCGGGAGAGUGCUUUUGGUAUUGCAUGGUUGACCAGUCUGCGCAAGGUACGCGCGUCUGUUGUAAGCGCAUUGCUUGAAGCUGCAGCAGUGGCUUUUGCGCCUGAAGGUGAUGGAGAAGAAAGCUGGGAGGAAUAUAUAUAUGGAGUACUAUCGGGGAAGGCAAGGUAUAUUAUUCUCGAUGAGUCGGUGAAGAUGUAUGGGGAUUGCCGCGGCUGCUGGUAUGGAGAGUCGACAACGAAAAUGCGAACGAAGGUCAACGGAAGCGUUUUUGAGCGGUAUGUAUGGUAAUGAGCCUUCACUAGCGCAGAUAUCUCGUGCUGUAUGGAUUGAAGGAAAGUUGAAGAGUGGAAUCGGGGGAAGGUGGUGGAGAUAUCUCCUCCUGACUGGGGCUGGGCGGAAUCAGCCUCUAUGGGUACCAAUUGCAGAGCCGUCCAUCGUUGUCCGACUGGAUGAUCCUCGAUAUAACGCAUGUCCACCAUUGCAAGCUGGCGUAGCGAUAUCCCAUGUCUCCAGUCUCCCUCGAGGAUACGGUCAAUCACCUCCCUCUUGCCGCCCUUUCGGUCCCGUAGUUCCUCAUAUAUGGCCCUCAACUCCUCCACAGAUGCGGCAGGUGGGUAGGCAUUUAAACCCUCCUCAUCCUCCUCUUCGAAAUUGGCCACGCUACCGGGGCCAAGGUACGGCGGAAAGACCUUGACAUGCUUGUCAUCGAGCCAUUGGAGUACCAGGUCAAGAAGGGAGGAUCGGGAUAGCUUUCCGAAGGCUUUUACGAGUGAAAAGGUUGUGGGGGGAAUGCGGAGAGAGUCUGGGAGACUUGCAGCAGUUGGGGAGCGGACGGCUACGCGACGAGCCAUUUGACGCAGCCCUUAGCUAUAUAGCCAUUGGAACUCAAGAACUGGGUGUAUUGAGAGGCCGAUAGUCGUUCAGCGAUGGUAUGGGGUGGUUAACUAUUUAUCGCAAUUACAUCCAAUAUUUAAAAUCCAUCGCGCUUGCGGAAGGUUGGUUUGUUUUGUUUUCUGCCAAACAAUCAGUCAGAUAAGAUCACGUGGUGAUACCGUUCUUGUCCAGCCCAGCCUUCCCUUCCACUUCAUAGGCAUCCAUUAUUAAUCCUGACCAGGAGCUCCGGGAGGGUUGUUUGCGGCCUCUCCCUAUCUGUUUUUAAUCUCAAAAUGACAUAGUAAGGACCGGAGGCCACUCAAGGAUUGACAAUCAUGGCUCUAAAGAUGUAUGUACUCCGUACAUGUACAUGUAAUCAUCCUUCUUCCCUCAUCCUUCUUCCAGAGAGUCUGCUCGCCUGGGCAACACGAUUAUUAAUAAUGCCUCCUCUCCUGGCAGUCGUCAUGGCAUUCUGUUGCCAACUCAAUGUCACACCAGCUAAAGGUUCCCAUCGCGAUUAACGGCCCACUUCCCCUCAACGGAUGAAUAAUGAUGUACACGAGGUUGCUGCUAUCCUUGAACGGAGGAACCUGACCAGCACACCGAGGAAAGCCUCGGCUGGACUAGACUUGGGUUGGCGAGGACUCCGUCAAGCGCACAGCAAGAAUCGGCGGAGGGGACUGCGGGAUGGCCCAUGCCAUGGCGCAAGGGUCACCUUCCCAGUCCUUAUCAGUUACUAAAAUGUAACAGCAACGAUGCUUGCUGCUUCCUUGCUGCUUCUCCCCGCCUUGGCGCAACCAGUAGUGCCAGCAGCCUAGUCAAUUUAACCUCAUGAGCCAGAGUUAUUAUUAACUAUUAUUUUACAUCGAAAGAAACUCUCAUUCCCGAUGUUGCCGCAGAAAAUUUCAUCAAACCCUUCGCAUCCGGUAACAACCAGGAGUAGAAAAUUUUUAGACUCCGAUUUUUGCCGGCAAAGUUUUGCCAGUGGCAAAACCUCCUAAAUUUCAACUUGAAUAUUCAACUUGAAUACCUAGCGAUGAAGUAAUUUUUUGAUGAAGCAGGAAAGCAUUCAUGGACAUCCAGGCAUAUGGCGUUUAAGCAAUCUUUAAAAUUUAAUAAUCAACAAUAAAAUCAAUAAAUUAACAGCCUGGUAA